UAAUUGCAGCGCAUUCCACCAAGUCAAGUCAUACAUCUGACGACCGUCCGGAGGUUGAGACUACGAGAUGCUGCCGCUCCGUGCUAGCAAUUUGACCCUGCUCAUAGGCUUUCUGUGCAUUGCUCAGGGGGCGAGAAUUGUGCGCGACACUGCCGAUAUACCCACAGAACUAUUCAAGCCUGUGGGCCAUAAUGCUGCCUACGAGCUAGCGAGAUCUAAUAGAGGAAAUUCAACCGGUCAACUAUACAAUGGAUCGGAAGAUUCAGAUACUCCCGUUCAAUUCCUAGAGCGUUCAUCUGGAGGAGUCGAAGUUGUAGCUGCAGAAAACGACGAAGAAGAGGAAGAUGAAUUGGAAAGUCAACCUUUGUACCGCCAAGGCUCUCGGAGGACAUCCGGAUUUCCCAUUCCUUCGCCCAGCUUCGAUAGGAGCUUCCAACGGGCAGUUCCCAGAUUCGGACAAUCGGAAAUUAGUACUCCACCUUUUCCCAGGAGGAGCAACAUAAGACCAAUUUUUAAUCCCGCUGAGGACAUUCAGGACACGCCCUCAUGGGUAUCUAGGCCGAUCCAAGUUCCGCUAUCGUCUAAUAACUUCGCAGGGCCCAGCGGUUCCAUUAGUUCAUCUAACAGCUUCCACCGCACCGAGUCUUACAGCUACUCAUCCGAUGGCAGGGGACCCCCAAGGAUUCAGCAUAAAGUCUACGACUCCCGAGAUCCCUUUGGAGGGGUUUCGAGUAGAAACUUUUAACUCAAGUACAAAUUGAUUUUAGAAACAGUCAGCAGAAUCCAAAUUAAAUAAAAUAGUGCCAGUAAAGCACAGUUCAUCAGA